GUGACUCUUGCCAAUCCCUUCUCACUCGUCCUCGAUGUCUUGGCAGUCUACGGCGGAGAUGGUGACACAGCUUAGGGAGACACGAGGGACGACCCCCCCAGCCCUGGUGGGAGCCACGACGACUUGCGUGGGCUCGAAAAUGUAUCUCUACGGAGGUUCCCGUCCAAGCGACGGUGUUUCUGUCUCGGACUUGUAUGUGCUUGAUCUGCAGCUUUUCCGAUGGGAUCAAGUCUUUCCGGUCGAAGGGAGCCCUGUUCCCUCGCCCCGCCACUAUCACACAACAGAUCUUUGGCAGAACUAUCUCGUGGUCUUCGGUGGACAGACUCGCAGCAAAGGAUCGAAAGUAUCCCAAACUCUCAGCGACGUGCAGCUUUUCGACCUCUCGACACAUUCCUGGCUUUUGCCUUCGCGCGCACCUCCUAUUAUUGCCUUUCCUGCAUCCCUCCCUGUCAUUCAGCCGCGCUAUUCUCAUUUAAGCUGUGUGUCAGGUAACCAUCUCCUCGUGUUUGGGGGCGAAAACUUUCCAGGACAGCUGUUGGAUGAUAUUUGUGUGUAUGAUCUGGAGAAGCACGAAUGGGUCCGACGGCAUACUUAUCUUCAUUUUGUCCAUUCCGGAACGUCGGCCGUGGCGACAUCUCGCUGGCACGUAAAAACGUUUAGACAACGUACCCAGGAACUUGCCCACAUUGCACCGCAGCCCGUCCCGCUACCGUAUUCGGAACACGCUACUCAGCAGUCUCUGUGCGAUAUCCAUGUCUAUCACAUGGGAGAAGUAUCGCGCCCCAGAAUCGACGUCCUGUCUCCGUUGACCGACGGGCGUAUUCAGGUGCAGAGCACACCACCUGACGCAAUUGGCCGACUUCCUCUGUUGCGCUGUCCCAGCAACGCCAUUCUUGGAAACAGUCUGAUUCUAAUGGGAAUUGCGGAGGACAAUCGUCUGGUGAUUCGUACAUUCGAUAUGGCCACGAAGAUCUGGACGGCAGCCGCGCUCGGCCGGACGCUCCAGGACGGGGUCUGGGCGAGAGCCUGCAUCUCCCAUGCGCAGAGCAAGCUCUACUUCUUUGCCAGCCUCAAAUCGGCGGUGGGUCCCCAGCAUCCGAUUUUCUGGGACACACUAGUCACCGUCGACUUGGAGGCAAUCGGAAUCUACCAGCCGCCGUCGCACAAGCUCUGUCGCGUGGAUCAACUGCGUCGGCUCUUGUCGCUGGAGAGUGGGCAGAACAUGGAUUUCGCGUUUGUCUGCGAAGAUAAGCGUCAGAUCCGCUGCUGUAAGCAGCGACUGGCGCAGGCGUGGCCUUGGUUCCGCGAACAUUAUUCCAUGAUCAGCGGCGGUCAGCCCAGCAAGAUUCAUUAUGGAAAGCGCACGCAGUUGACACUCACCCUGACGAGCUGCUUUUGGACCCAAUCGUAUCCUGUAACCCUGGCCCUGAUGCAGUACUUCUAUUCUCUCUCGCUGGACACGGCUCUGCAGCGCGCUCCUGCUGUGCUCAGUUAUCUGCUGUUGAUAUCGACCGAGUUUACGAUUCCUCACCUGCAGGCGCUGGUCAGACAUGCCAUGCACAUCGAGCUCUCUGAGGCCACGGCCCUUGGGAUAUAUGACGCGGCUGCGUCCUGUAGGUGCCGAAGCUUGCAGAUCCGUGCCUUUACGAUGCAUAAGAGAAGAAAGCAGCUCGAUAACGUUGCAGAUAGAUUACCUUCUCAGCGCGAGAUUGGCAGAGCACGCUCAAACUCUCAGGGUGCCUGGCGAUCCGCCCGAGAGAGCAAGCCUCUACCACGCUCUCCCAGUGCCGGCCCUGGGUCUCCACCCGCCGCCUCAGCCGCACAGUCGCGCAGGAAAGAUCACUCCGUGGAAUCGCGCAUGAGCCACUCCAGCGGCUCCAGGGUGGGCGAUCCUCCCACAUUCAGAAUCGUCGUUACACCACCGAGUAUCCCCAGCAAUCUCAAACGGUCACAGUCCCUCGGUUCUCGUCUCCCGCGUCCUGUCUCCAGGCCGAAAUUGGGCUUGUCUAGUUCCUCGCCUCGGCACGACUCCGUUGUGAGCGUUAUGCAGAUGCCCUUGACUCCCAACUCCUUUGCCCGGUCACGUCUAGCCGGUAUGGGGAUACCUCCAGCAGAGGGACCACGAGAGCAGAGAGGUAGGCGAAUGGAGAGGUAGACCGUUGAAGCACGACCGUGAAUUCAUAACACGGUGUGCAAAGUACGCAUUCAUUAAAGAUUCUUGCAUGUC